AUGCGCCCUGGUCUAUCUGCAAGGUAUGCCAUUGGCGCCAGCCUUGCUGUCGCGCUUCCCUUCGCCCACGCGUUGCUGCCGCGCUCGCAGAUUGCUGACGCCUAUGAUUUUGUGAUCGUAGGCGGCGGCCAAGCGGGACUCGUGCUGGGUGGUCGUCUGUCCGAGGAUACUAAUCAUACGGUGCUGGUUCUCGAGUCUGGCGGCGAUGGAGACGAAUAUCGGCAACGAAUAGAUACCCCCGCAUAUUCAUAUUUCGAUUCUCUGUGGACGACGCCGCUGAAUUGGGCUUUUCAUACCGUCGCCCAGCCCAAUGCAAACGACCGCGAGAUCUAUUGGCCUCGUGGCAAGGUUCUUGGAGGCAGCUCCGCCAUCAAUGGCUUGUAUCUGACUCGUCCGGGCAAAGACGAAGUCAAUGCCUGGAAUGGCAUGCUUGGCGACAUGGACGGCGCCGACAAGUGGUCGUGGGAUUCCUUCUACGUGGCCAUGAAGAAGAGCGAAACUUUCUCGCCUCCUACAGACAAUGUUGCUAAAGAGGCUGCCAUUACGUGGGAGACCUCAAGUCAUGGCACCGACGGGCCUAUUUACGUCUCAUAUCCAGGCUUCACAUUUCCCGAAAUUGGAGAGUGGUCCAAGUCUUUGGAGAACUUUGGCAUUCCCCCUUCGGAUAUCUAUGGUGGUCAUAACUAUGGGGCUGAAGUCUCGACUUCAACCAUCAACCCGCACAACUGGACGCGGUCCUAUAGUCGAUCCGGGUAUCUUGACCCGCUCCCGGAUCGCGGCAAUUACGACGUGUUGGCCAAUGCCCAUGUCACUCGCAUUUGCUUUGACGACUCUUCUCCCUCAGACAACUUGACUGCCAAUGCUGUCGAGUACACGACUGAUUCUGGGAAGACAAAGUCAAAGGUCAAGGUGAAAAAGGAAGUUAUCAUUGCGGCUGGCUCUGUUGGAAGCCCGGCAGUCCUGCUACACAGUGGUAUUGGGCCCAAGGACGUUCUUUCUAGUGCUGGUGUCAGACUUGUCUCUGAGCUUCCUAGUGUUGGACAGCAUCUACAAGACCAUGUUAGCGCUACCGUCAAAUGGACCACCGAUUCCGAAACCGCGGGCUCCAUUUUCUACGACAAUGGCAGCGAGAAGAACAAUCCAAUGUUCCUCACAUACAUCGACUCCGCCGUCGCCUACGUCAAUUCUACGAACAUGUACAACGACAAGACUCACGAGAUCGAGGCAAAGAUCCUAGCCCAUCUGGACCAAUUCACACCAAACACAACCGAUGACACGAGCGUCAUCGCCGGUUACAAGGAAAUCUACAAGACAACAGCAUCAAAGAUUUUCCAGAGCCCAACAGGCCAGAUCGAGCUCCUCUUCAUGAACAGCGACGGCAACGGCGACAUCGGGAUCACAGCAGCUCUGCAGCAUCCCUACAGCCACGGCCGGAUCUACAUCAACUCCUCAAACCCGAUGGAGGAUCCCGUCAUCGACCCGAACUACCUGAGCAAUCCCGCCGAUUACGAAAUCCUCCGCACAGGCCUCAAACUCGCCCGCCAAAUUGGCGAAACCACCCCGUUAAGCAACAGCCUCAAGACCGAGAAAUCGCCCGGGUCAGCAGUGCAAACCGACGACGAUUGGCUCGAGUGGCUGCGCAAUAACGCCAACACGGAAUUCCACCCGUCCUCGUCAUGCGCCAUGCUGCCCCGCGAGCACGGCGGUGUCGUCGACGCCUCUCUGCGCGUCUACGGCCUCGCCAACGUGCGCGUCGCCGACGCCAGUGUACCCCCCAUUGCGCUGUCGUCGCACCUGAUGGCCUCGACGUAUGGGGUUGCCGAGCAGGCGAGUGAGAUUAUUCGGGCGUUUUGGAAUCAACCCGCUUCCGAGCGGCCGGCUUUUAGUUCUUCUUCUUCGGGCUCGGCUGCUAAUUCGAGUACUGGUCAUAACAAGGGAAGUACUAGUGGUGCUGGUGGUGGUGAGGACUCGGGUGAUGCGAAAGGGAAUGGAGCUUGUCCCGGGAGGACUCCGUUGUUGCUUGUUUGGAUACCCAUUGUUGUUGGUGCUGGGCAGCUUGUUUUCGGUUGA